UUUAAACUGGUGGCCUUCGCCCCAAGGAUUGAGGCCGCCAUCUUUAUUGGACCUCGGGCUGCAGAGAGCAUGCGCGGUCGCCAUCUUUGUAGAGGUAUUGUUCGGAAUGAAUGGGAGGAGUUUGCUUCCCAUUGUUCAGAAUGGAGACAACUUGUCCAUCAGCCUUUCACAUCCAACAUCCUGUUCAUGAGAAAGAGCGGCGGUACAGAAAGAAAAGGAAGCAAAUAUCCUACUUUCCAGAUCCCGCGACCUCAUGGCAUGACUUGCGUCCCCAUAUCGUCUAAACAUCUGUUCAGAAGACCCAGGAUACGACAUAGCGAUUUACAAACAGGAAACUGAAACCAAACAUCACGUCGAAGUCUGACAAUCACUUACUUGAAAUCAUCGGCCUUUAAAAGGAGCCUCCCAUCAUUCACAAUGUGUCAUGAUCUUUGGUUUGCACAGACCCCGAUACUCUGUUCCUGAGUGUGAUGUUAUUACACAGCAGCAAUUACAACUGACAUCACCUGCUCCCUAGGAAUUUCCUCAACUGAUAUUAGAAGGUUGGGAUUUGCAGUCAGGUAACUCAAACCAAUGUUGUGAUACAGUCACCCAAUUUGGCUUAACCUGAAUAUCAUUGGAUUUUGAAUAUGGAAGGACACAGCACCAUUCCCAGUGGUGAGAAACCGUAUACGUGUUCUGCAUGUGGAAAAAGCUUUGCUGAUUCAUCCUACCUGUUAGCACACCAGCGAGUUCACACUGGGGAGAAACCAUUCAACUGCUCCCAGUGUGGAAAGGGAUUCACUUGGUCAUCCAGCCUGCUGAGGCAUCUGCGAAUCCACAGUGGAGUGAAACCAUUCACCUGCACUGAGUGUGGGAAGGGAUUCACUCAGUCAUCCCAUCUGCUGAUUCACCAGCGAGUUCACACUGGAGAGAGACCAUUUAUCUGCUCUGAGUGUGGGAAGGGAUUCACUCAGUCAUCCCAUCUGCUGAUACACCAGCGAGUUCACACUGGAGAGAGACCAUUCAUUUGCUCCAUGUGUGGAAAAGGAUUCACUCAUUCAUCCAAACUUCUGGAACAUCAGCGAAUUCACACUGGGGAGAAACCAUUCACCUGCUCCGAUUGUGGAAAGGGAUUCACUCAGUCAACACAUUUGCUGAUACACCAGCGAGUUCACACUGGAGAGAAGCCAUUCACUUGCUCCAUGUGUGGAAAGGGAUUCACUCGGUCAUCCAAACUGUUAGUACACCAGCGAGUGCACUGUGGGGAGAACCCAUACAUAUGUUCUGUGGGUGGACUAGGAUUCAGUCAGUCAUCUAGUCUGUCAAGACAUGAAGUUCAUCAUAGUGAGGAGAAACUGUGGCAAUGUGGGGACUGUGGCAAGGGAUUUAAAUAUCCCUCUCAGUUGGAAGCUCAUCGGCGUAGUCACACAAGGGAAAGACCGUUCAUCUGCUCCAAAUGUGGGAAGGGAUUCAUUCAGUUGUCCCACCUGCUGACACACCGGCGCGUUCACACUGAUAAGAGGCCUUUUAAAUGCUCAGACUGCGUGAAAUGCUUUAAAAGCUCCAAGCAACUGAUAUCCCAUCAACGUGUCCACACUGACAAGAAACCAUACAGGUGCUCUCACUGUGGGACUGGGUUCAGGCAAUCAUCCGAUCUCACUGUACACCAGCGAGUUCACACUGGAGAGAGGCCAUUCAUCUGCUCAAAGUGUGGGAAAGGAUUCAUUAACUCAUCCCAUCUACUGACACACCAGCGAGUUCACACCGAGGAGAGACCAUUCACCUGCAAUGAGUGUGGGAAAGGAUUUACUCAGCUAUCCAAUUUGCUUAGACACCAGCGAGUUCACAGCGAUGAGAGACCCUUUAAUUGUCCACAUUGUGGGAAGUGCUAUAAAAGUUCUGGAGAACUGGUGCGCCAUCAACGUGUCCACACUGAUGAGAGACCAUUCAGGUGCUCCCACUGUGGGACUGGGUUCAAGCGAUCGUCUGAACUCACUGUACACCAGAGAGUUCACACUGGGGAGAGGCCGUUUUCCUGCUCAGAGUGUGGGAAGGAGUUCACUCAGUCAUCCCACCUACUCCAACACCAACGAAUUCACACUGGGGAGAGACCAUUCACCUGUUCAAAGUGUGGGAAGGGGUUCAUUAAUUCUUCCAACCUGCAGAGUCACCAGCGAGUUCACAAGUAACUAAGCGUUGGGGUUUUGCUGUUUGUCACAUCUUGGACUGAAGUGUAUUCAUGUUGUGGACAAAAGUAAAGAAAGCAGCAUUCCGUUAAAUAAUGUGUCAAGGCUUUUUAGUAUCCCUGGCACAAGUUAGUUCUUUUAAAAAGUGUGUCCUCCAGCCCCACUUCCAACAAGUGUGAAGAACUUGGAAAGGUUCCUUGCCAGGGCUUGAGACAAUCCAAUCAGUUGUCCCUGCCCAAUUCCCUUUUUCCCCCUUCCCACAUGCAAACUGAGUCUCUGAAGUUCCUCCUUGCCCAAGUCCUGAAUUCCCAUCUUUCUCUAUUUUCCCUCCUAUCUCAAGUCAUAUCCUGUCAGAGUUCAUCAUAACCAGCCUAUUGCUGCUGUGACCCUAUUCCCAAUUAACUGCUGACCAUUUAGAUUUCCCAUGCUAGCUAAGAUAGCUGACUUUGCACAAGCAAAAUACUAGUUGGUUGAGAUCUGAAAUAAAAACAAAGUGGUGGAGAAACUCAUCGUUGUUAGCAUUCUGAAUCCAAUAUGACUCUUCUUUGGAACUGAAGAAUCAGUGGACUCAGUGUUAAUUCUGUUCUGUCUUCACAUAUGCUGCCAAGUUUCUCCACUUCCUGUUUUUGUUUCGUCUAACUCCUUCUCUUGAUUGUAGUAUAUGAAAUUCCUGAGGGGCAUAGAUGGGGUAAAUAGGAAGAAACUUUUCUACAUUAGUCGAAGGAUCAAUAACUGGCCCAUAGAUUUAUGGUAAAGGGCAGAUUUAAGGCAAAAUUUUUGCACCCAGUGGGAUGUGUGUAUCUGGAACUCAUUGCCUGAAAGGGUGGGAGAGGCAGAAACCUUCACAAUGUUUAAUUAGUAUUUAGAUGAUCACUUGAAGUGCCAUAGCACACAAAGCUGCAGACCAGGUGCUGGAAGAUGGAAUUAGAAUAGAUAUAGUUUUACAGCACCAAUGACUGUAAAGAUGCAUGUUAAAAUCUGCCUCUUCAAUCCAGGUAAUGAAAUUCCUCUGAAGCACUCUGGGAUAUUUCUUGUUCAAUGUUUUCUCAAAAUGCAUGUUGUUGCAAAGCAAAAUUCCACAAAUCACAAUCAGAUAAGUGAUCAGUGCAAAGAUUUUUAGCUUUUUUUUUUAAACAAAAAAAAAUUAGGGUCACUAUUUAAUCAAUUCAACUUGUCUCCCAAAGUCAGAAUUUCUCCAGGACUCACUGGGCAUGAGGUACAACUGCAAGAUAGAAGCAGGCCGGGGGAAUGAAUUAAAGUAGAACUUCUGAAGCAAGAAUGGUGAAUAAACUGAACAGAAGACUUCUUAUUCUUAUCCCCUGAGAUUCCACAAGCUCUGUUGCUAACAGCAAAGGGAAGCCUUUGACUUUGUCCUGAUUUGAUAUGUCUCAGGAGAAUUGUCACCAGAGGAGUGAUGGUGAUGCUGUGCCAAAAAUGUUUAGGAAUCUUUUAAUAUUUAUUGAGUCUUUGUGCCGUAUUCAUUCAUUGUUUGUAUUAACCCUGACUGUUAUUCAAUUAGUUGCAUUUGAUUUUUGAACAAGCCCAGGAAGAAUUGAGGUCCUCCAUUUAAACUCAAUUAGAAGAAAAAACAUUCUUUCACCAUUGUGUAUCAUUCCUAAGAUGUACUGCAGUUACUCACCACUUGCACCAAGACUACUUCAAUGGUACCUUUUUAAAAAGACUGCUAACAUCUAGAAAACAAGGUUGGCAAUCAAUGGGAAUAGCACCAUCUGCACGUUCCCUUCCAAGACACGCUCACCAUCCUGACAUAGAAAUAGGUCACUGUUCCCUAAAAGACACUGUCCCUUCCUUACAGUGUUGUAGCUGUCCCUAUGCCCCAAAACAAAUGUUGCUGUUCAGGAGGCAGCUCACCACCACAUUCUCUCGGACAACCAGUAUGGAACACAAGUAUUCAGCAGCACCACCCAUAUACCAUAAAUGAAUAUAGUAAACUCCGACUUUGAAAUUGAACGAGAGUCCAAUUAUACAGCUACCUCUCACCUUCCCCACAGUAACUUGCUAUUAAUGGUAAUGUAAGUUAACGUAAUCUUUAACAGAUUUAUUUUUGACUCUUUGCCACUUUUAUUUUUUCCAAAAGAAAUACCAGGCUUUGAGAACAGUAAUUCCUCUUGAUCCUGAAAUAAACAACGCAGGGAGGGCUCACAGGGUCAGGUAACGUUGUGGAAAAGACAAAAGCUGGCAAAUGGUAUUUGGACCCUUUCUGAAACCUGAUCUGUUCUGAAGAAGAGUCCUUAAAUGGUCGACAGAUUUUUGCACAGAUGAUGUCAUCCUACCAGACAGUUGAUUUAUUGAUUUAACAAUUCGAAACACUGAAAAUAAAUUGAGAAAUAUUGAUGUUGAUGGUUAUGGAUUCAUUUCCUGCCAUGAAAGCUGGAAAAAUGUUUCCUGCAGAUCCACUUGAUUCAAUUUGAUUUCAGCAUUGAAUAUUUAUACUGGUGCCAUUACUUUAUUCUACAAUAUUGGAAGCUCCAAUUUGUUUAAAAUAAAAAUUCUCCAUUUUA